UUCGAGCGCCAUCUUGAGUAGGGGCACGCUCUGCCCUCAGCACUGCCUAUCCAGUGCCGCAGGAGCCAUCUUUACUGAGGUCACCCGCCGGGUCGGGAAUCCCCCGCCGUCCAGUCAGGCUGGCGGUGGCUCGGGCAUGGCUGCGCGGCCGGGGCGGCGGAGAGCUGCGGCGCGGGCCCUGCUGCUGCUCUGCUUCGCAGCCCUGGAGGGAGCGGCGGGCGCGGAGCCGCCGCUCAAGUGCGACGAGCUGAGGCUGGGGCAAUAUAUGUGCGAUGAGCCUAAAAUAGAUAAUAGUACACAAGAACCAAUGAAUUGUACAAAUCACACAGCAUAUGUUCAGUGUCUGCCAGCACCAAACAUUACUUGCAAAGAUCACCUUGGCGUAGAAAAAGUUUUUACGGGACAGGAAGUUGGAUUUUACAAGCCUAUUGCAUGUCGCAGUGUAAAUGGAUACUCCUACAAAGUGGCAGUAGCUCUGUCCUUAUUUCUUGGAUGGUUGGGAGCAGAUAGAUUUUACCUAGGCUAUCCUGCAUUAGGUUUGUUAAAGUUCUGCACUGUAGGAUUUUGUGGAAUUGGUAGCCUAAUUGAUUUCAUCCUUAUUUCGAUGCAGAUCGUUGGCCCGUCCGAUGGCUCUAGUUACAUUAUAGAUUACUACGGAGCGAGGCUUACACGGCUCACUAUUACCAAUGCAACAUUCAGGAAAAUGCAGACCUAUCCUUAAUCUGGGCAGUCUUCUUCAAAGUUCCUUGGAUUUACCGUGGGGAAAAAAAUGGCAAGAACGUGUAAGAGGAGAUCACUGCCUGUGAAGAACUCACUGAGUGCUCACCUUGAGCCUGACGAGACUGCCCACCAUAUGGAUUGUGUUGGCAGAGGCAGAAGCCUUGGGAAUGCAGAGUGGGGGUUAAUUUUUAGGGCUUUCAUUCCAUGGUCCUGUUGAUUAUAACCCUAUUAAGAGGAUGAUACAUGUGACUUUUAAGUUAUUUUGUUAACUAAGUGUAAGCAAUGGAUGUGUCAUGCUAACAAACGUAAUUGCUGGUGUGUCUAAUAUAGUAUGAAAGUACAGUAUAGUGAAUUUAAAAGGUGGCGGUAAUCUAAGAAUGUUAAAAGUGAAACGUGUGCCUGGGGGUUGUGGGGGCUGGGGAGAAAAACAACUUACUUGACAUUCACUGUCUUCCUCCCAGCUCCUUUGCUAAAGUAGGAACAGAAUCGGAACAAAAAAUUGUUUGUUUUACAGCUGUACCAAGUUACAGCGUGGACUCGUGCUCCCCCCUCCUAUCCCACUUGCAUCAAGUACAUCCUGUACUUUUGGCAACAUGUUGACUGGAUAUUUAAAAGCUGUGAACUGUUCUGAAAGUUUCACAUACUGGGUUAUGGGCCAUGUGUGUUUGAUCAAAAUUCAAUUACUGCACUGUACCAUGCUUGGAAACCUAUCAUCCCAAGUUAUGAAGUAUGACGAAAUAGGCUAAUCUAAUUGGUUCAGUAUGGGAGCAGUAUCAACCAAGCUUGUUAUGAUAAAUAGCUUCCUGUGUUAAAGGUUCUCUAGAGCUUAAGCAUCUUGGCUCACCUCCCUCUACAAAAUAAGAAUAGUGUUCCCUGGGAACAGUUACAUCACUGUCCCUCUCCUACAUUCACAAUUAAAGGUUUGUAGAUUUUUUUUCUUCUUGCUAUUCCUUGAAUAGAUAAACCAUGGCUAUCUACCCCAUUCCCCAUUUCCAUCUCCUUCUCUAUUGCUCAGGUUAAGUUGUGUUGUGCUUACUGAGAGGCUGUCUGUUCUGUGUCAGGGCUAGGUAAGGCAGGCUUCACCAGGAUGCCAAACCCCACCCUGGGCUGGAGGCUCAGGAUGGUGUGCUGGUGUGUCAGUAUGUAUGACAUGUCUGUUUGUGUACAAAUUGGGAAUUUUUGCUGUUGAAUUAAACACGGAAACACUUCAGUAUUUCUAAAGAUCUCAUAAAAGAACUUCUGUACAGUGAAUUCCAUACCUAUGGAUGUGCUAUUACCUUCUUGAAACAUGUUAGUUCAUCACUACUUAAACACAAAUCCAGAGUGCAAGUGCAGGAUUAUGACUUGGGAAGGACUAUGUUGUAAGCCUGGAUUUGUAGUCGCUAAAUUUGUCACUAAGACAGUGAGCUGUCUCCCAUGAGAUGAUACUGGCUUCGUGAUUUUAUCUGGCCCAUCUUUGGCAAGAAGUACUUAGCUCGGAUUUUGAUGUCACAGUAAUAGACAGUGUCAAGGAAAAAAAAAAACAAACAUGGAAUAGUGGCUCGUUACACUCUGGUGAUUCAGUUUUUCCCCUUUUUGAACCCCCCCAUGUGCCUCCUAGCUCAGAAAUCCCCUUCAGGCAAAAUAAUAGUGUGAUGAUCAUUUUACAACGACAUAAUGUAGGCCUGAUAUUGCAAGGGCCUUUAACACUGGUGAAAUUUCUCCAAGAAUAAAGUUACUUAUUUAAGGGUCGGUAGAAUGAGUCCUUAUGUAAGUGAGUCUUCGUGUUAGCCCCAUGACGGCCUAAUGCCUGGAUUAAGCCUGUAUGGUGAUUAAUGCCUAUUUACUAUAUCUGUUAUCCCACUGCAUUUUGCUCUUCAGCCUUGAUUAAGCCCUUUGCUUUACCAUUUAAAAUGUCCUGCUUAACCUUCUGCUUACAAACGUACACAGUGCUGAGGUCUGCAUUUUUAACUAGAACAAGUUCUACCGUAAAUAAUAGCAUUUAAUUUUAAAGUGCAACAGCUACAGUCACCACUUGAUUAAAUGACAAAGAACAGCAAUAGCAAACUGGGGAACAUCGAGUUUUCACAACAAAUGUCUACGUCUACGUAGAAAAAAAAAGUACCUUCCUGCUUUUGAUUAGCACUUUCUGUCCAGUUCUUUAUUUUACAAGUUUAUAGAAAAUUAUUACCAAAAGAGCCUAAACAGUGACUCUCUGUGAUUUCCCCAAAUAUCUUUUGAAGGAGAUAAACUAGAUUAAUCGCUCUUUAUAAAGUUCCCACAAGAAAGCUCACAGACACAGUAGCUUUACCUUCAAAAAUAGAAUGUGACUGUAGGCACUUAUGCUAAUCUCUUUUUUGGCAAAUCAGCUUUUUUGUAUUGAAUCUUUCUUGAUUGAAUAGCACUGGAGCUGCCAGAGUAAAUGCUAUUAUCAAUGUACAGUAAUUAAGGAAAUAGUCCUUGUCACUCCAACAGUGUCCAGGCAGUGCCUUCUGUAAUAAAGUUAAAUGGUAAAGAAAUCUCUUCAAGGUACAGAUCAUGGGCUGGGGGAGCUCUUGACAUGCAGUAAAAUAAUACAAUGUAGAAUUACAGGUGAUGGGCAAAGUAUAAAUGCCCGUGGAAUUCACGCUAAAUGCAUGUUUGAUGCUAAACGUUUAAAUAGAUGCUCAGCACUAAAACACAUAAUUGUUUAAUUUGUCAUGUAAUUUCCUGUCUCAGGGCAGUUGAGCAUCUCCCAGUCUCCACCCUUAAAAAAUGUGUGUGAGGGAGAGGAGGGGGGAGACCCUUCCAUCAUUCAGCAACUUCAAAGAUCUUUUCCCCCUUCAGGCAGCAGCCUGCACAAAUGAUAAACCUUGCUUUAAGAUCAGCAGAGCUGGGCUCUGCCAAAUCCAUUUGAGGAGAGAAUGUCAGUAAAAAGGACUUGUCAUUCCUUCCCCCGCCCUUCCGUUUCACUUGAAACUUUACAGCCCGGCAGUACUUUGGUGGAUCACAAUCGUUCCUGCAGCACCGCAAGAGAGAAAUUCCCCCAGGAGAGAGAGAAACGCCUUUGGACAGCUUCUGUAUUAUAACCUUGUUGCAUGCACCGAGAAAUGUGGUGUGGUAAAGUAGGGUAAUUCUCAGAUACCAGAAGUGCAGCUUAAUAAGCAGAGAACCCUGAUCUGUGCUGCUGGGGUUUUCUCAGUGCUUCUCAGCUUCAGCCCCAAGUAGAGAUCAUUGCAGCAAACUGCUCUGGCCUAAGACAUGCUGAGGUCUGCAUUUAGUAGCAAAGACCUUUUGUCCAGUGAAGGUACACACAGAAGAUAUGUUGUUUAAUGGGCAAUAAAUAACAAGGGAAAGUAUUUAAUCAACUGUGCCGGGAAAUACUGCUUAUGUAAAAAUACAUGCAUUUCAGAGAUUCAGCUUGGGAAGCAAACGCUAGAAGGAUUGCAAGGGAAAUGCGAGAGAGUCCAUAGUGAGGCUGCUAAAUUUCAUCACACUGCUUGUAAGACACACGCAGAAGGAUUCUGACCCCUAUGCUGCUUUUCCCCAGCAGCCUAUGUCUUAUACAAACUCUGCAGAAUAAUUUUCAUAUUUCAUAAACCUGGCACUUUUGCUUGGCCAUACAUUACUGAGGAUUUUAACAUUCCCUGCAACGUUCCGUUUUAAUGCAUUGACAUUCUGAAGGCUGGGCAUCGUAACCUCUCCAUUAAAUCUUUGACACAAUGAAGUGUCUUCUAAAUAAAAUAAUUCAGAGGGAUCGAUCCAGUGAACUUCAGGGUGCACAUUUUCAAUUAUUUUUUCAAGAUGGAAGUGUUUUGUGCAUAUUGAGCGCUAGAUCUGUGAGACUGGGAGGGAGGGGAGUCAGGUCUUGAGAGUGGACCCGAGCUCCGUUCCAGCAGGAGCUCCCAGAAAUGCUUGGAGGGGAGUGAGCACACAAAACAUUCUGUGCUUCCAGCGUGACUAUGAACUUGGCUUUGCCAGAUCCAGGCCUCUUUUCUGUUGUAUGUGAAACAUUAAUGUUCUAUAUAUUGUUCCAAAGGAUUUGGUUUUUUUACAUACCCCUUGCCUGACCUUCAAAACUAUCCGCUUGAAUCUGAGCAGAAGUGCUCUGGUGAGAAUUCCAAAAAAAGGAUAACCCAGGCAGCGAGUUCUUUAAUUGAGGCAUGCCAAAUACCAAAGGCAGAUGCUUUUUCAUUCUGUAGCUCCUGGAUACGCGGUCUACUUUUCGGUUUCAAGGACAAAGGAAACACUUAUCCAAUUAGAUGAGGCAUGAGAUUGUGACAUACGGGCUCUUCCCUUAAAUAAAAAAAUGUUGGAAAAAGAUAUUUGACCCUAAGUCAAUAAGUGCUAUUAAAAUAAUGAAUACUCCAUAAAUCCAACCAUAUAUACAGCUCGUGUUCAGAGCUGCAACGUUUUUGUCACUGAGAAGGCUGCAAGACCGCCCAGGAUAAAGCCCCACACAACUCACUUGUCCAAAUUGCAUUUUGAAGGCCUUACUUUUAAAACAGGAUGUACAAAAGUGUAAGCCAAUUAAACUGCGAGGCAGACUUCUGCUAUCUUCUCCCAUUUGACAUCUCUAUUGAGUCAGCUCGGAUGAUAUCAAACAUGAUCUGGUUGUCAGAAUCGCUGAAUUUCCCCCACAUGCUCAGCAAAGAUGAGGGAAUCUCUUGCUCCUCUUACGAGGCUCCUAGGAGCCGUUUUUUUUUUUAAUAGGAACAUGGUUAGCCCAAGGUAACGUGGCUUUUGUCUGCUGUCAGGAAGAAAUGGUUAAUGUGGUUAAUGCUUUAGACGCAUCUCACCUGAAUCUUAAAGUGUCCUAAAAGCAUGCUCGAAUUCCUGCAUGAAGAGCAUCACACAGCUUUGUCGGAAGCUGGGUGCAUCCGGGUCUGCGUCAGUUCACUCCCCAUACCUGGAGAUGGGGGCAAGAGUCAAACUUCAAAAUAAUUACAGCUCUUCUGUUUCCAGCCACAGAGCUGUGAUGUCUUUACUUUGGUCUUAACAGCUUACCAGGCAGCGGGAACUGUUGCCUGAUAAUUGCUGCAAGUUUCUGAUGCUCCAGGAGAGUGAAGAGCAUUCUCUGUCCUCCUCCUGUUGUUCAUACUGUUUGCUUUGCCGAAAUGAUUGGAAUUAGUGUUAUUGACACUGCACGGAAGUCAGUGAGUCAAUGAGUCUCAGGUGCUGAGCAUUAACGUUGCCUGUUUAAUUGCAUCAGUUUACAAUCUCAUCUGCUACCUGUCCUUUUUCAUAUAGUGUUGCUUAAAUUGAAAUUGCAGUCUCACAUUGAACUGGGUGUGGGGCUGAGUGAUACUGGAACCAAUGGAAGUGACUGGAAAAAUUGCUCUUGUUCUCCCUGGCAGGUCCAGCUGCCAUUUUGAUUUCUCUCCACCUUGGUGUCUGUCUCUGGACCUUUGCAGCAUUCAUCCUGCCAUAUGCUGUUGCAGAGUCAUUAGUUAUGUAUGACGCCUAAUGAAGCCCCAAAUCAUAUCUUUCUCGGUGACAGUUCGGAAUGCCUGGACCCCUGGUGAAUCUGGCCAAGAAGCAGCACUUCUUGGCCCCUUCCUGGCCCCAGGUGCAGCACCAAUUAGACUGGAAGCCGCAUCUAUGCCCAUUGGCGAGGUCCCAGUGAAGGGCAGUUGUAGCACUGCUGCACUGAGAUCACCAAUGCCAAUCCCUACCAGUGGGAAUCCCUCAGAGAUGCAGGGAGCAAGAUGCAGCAGGACAAAGCCUUCAU